AUAUCUCAUCGUAGGAACCGGCACAAAAAUUUUAACCCUAGGUACCUAUCACGCCGAGGUUUCAUUAGUCAGAAGACUCAAAUAAGUUCAGUAGCGGCGUCAGCGACUCAUCUGCCCUAGGGUUUGGGGUUUUUGCUGCCUUCUCCCUCUCUGCAGGAAUCAUCUUUCUUUCACUUUCAAAUACCCAUUGUCUGGUAUGGGCGAGACUGGCAAGCGAUCCCGUUCACAGAGGGAUAGGGAAAGAGAUAGGGAUAGGGAUAGGGAUAGGGAUAGGGAUAAUGAUGGAGACGGUAAACACCAGAAGAAACGGGCAACGAAUAAAGAAGAUUCAGGGGAUGGUGAGUUGAUUGUAUAUCGCAUCCUCUGCCCAGACAGCGUUAUUGGAAGUGUGAUCGGUAAGAGCGGGAAAGUAAUAAAUUCCAUUAGACAGGAGACACGGGCAAAGGUUAAGGUUGUGGACCCUUUUCCUGGAUCUAAGGACAGGGUUAUCACAAUAUAUUGCUAUGUUAAGGACAAGAGUGAUGUGGAAGUUGAUGACGACGAUGAUGACAUGGAGCCUCUCUGCCCUGCUCAGGAUGCUUUCCUCAAAGUGCAUGCAGCCAUUGCUAAUGCAUUGGCUAUUGUUACAGAAUCUGACAAGAAACGGAAAGAUAAGGAGGAAGCGCACCUUCUUGUACCCACUAGCCAAGCAGCGAAUAUUAUCGGCAAGUCUGGGGCAACUAUCAAGAAGUUAAGAAACAAGACAAGGGCAAACAUCAAAAUUAACCCAAAGGACACGAAUGACCCCACUCAUUCAUGUGCUAUGGACUUCGACAACUUUGUUCUGGGUGUUGUAUUGUGCAUGUGCAUCCACAUGGGGUAUUGGCUAGGCAAUGUAGAAUUGUUUAAAUAUUGUGUAAAAUUUUUGUUUGUUUCGAUGAUGUCUUUGCUGGAUCUUGGUUUUGUGAAGGUGGGAGAGAAUGGCUAUGGUUCCUUGUCUUCAUACUCAUCAAAGCAGCUGUAUGGAGGAUUGCCACCACCGCCUUCAACCCUUGAGAUGGUGAUACCUGCAAAUGCAGUGGGUAAAGUGAUUGGUAAAGGUGGAGCAAACAUUGCUAAUAUUCGGAAGAUAUCAGGAGCAUUGAUAGAGAUUCUUGACUCGAAGUCAUCGCGUGGUGAUAGAAUCGCCCAGAUAUCUGGUAGUCCUGAUCAGAAGCGUUCAGCUGAGAACUUAAUUCAGGCGUUCAUAAUGGCCACAUGAGAUUCUGCAUCACUCCAGUAUUUGAAGGUGAAUUCUUAUAUUAGAUACGGAGAUUUCUUCCCCAGACGAUUCCUCUCCAUGUUUCCUUUAGGCGUUGCUCCAGAAGAAAUUCAGUGUUCCUAGGCUUCUCCUACUGGAACUCUUAUUCCCUUCAUAAAAGAGCCUACUCAAGAUUUAUUGGCAGAUUCACACUCAGUUUUUAUUUUUUUUAUUUUGUUGGGAGCUGAGCUUCUGUCUAAGUUGCUCAAUCUUUUCUGUGUCUCCUGUUAUCUUAGAACUGGAAUAGGAUCUUUCUUUCCUAUUUUGGUAUUUUAUAGGAUCUUUCUUUCCUAUUUUGGUAUUUUAUCAUGCCUUGUCUUUAACUAACAUAGACCCCGUCUUAUUUCCAUUGUGCUGCUGUGCUCUUUAUAGUGAUGUUCACUCCAGUAAUUUACUCUUUAAUGACCGUGACUUGUUUCAUUGCGACUCAUAAUAAAUGUGUAUGCUUUACUUUUCA